AUGCCGGGAUUCACUAAUGGAGCCAAUGGACAUUCGGGCUCUGCCCUAUGCUCCCUCGAUGAGUUUGUCUCUCAGGAGUAUGACUAUGUAAUAGUCGGUGGCGGCACUGCAGGUCUUUGCGUGGCCGCCAGAUUGACGGAGAAUCCAGAUGUCAAGGUCGGAGUUCUCGAGGCCGGUGCGAACCGUAUGGAUGACCCGCAGAUCAGCACACCGAGUCUGUAUCCCACACUGAUCGGCCGAGAGAAGUAUGACUGGUGCUUCCAGAGCGUCGAGCAGCCGACAGCCGGGAACAAGCGGAUGUCGCAACCUCGCGGGAAAGUCUUGGGCGGUUCGUCGGCCAUCAACUACCUCAUGUACGUCCGCGGGUCGAAGGAGGACUAUGAUGGCUGGGAGUCGUUAGGAAACAAAGGCUGGGGCUGGGAGGGUAUGGCGCCUUACUUCAGGAAGCACCAAACGGUCGACAUAACCGGAAAGGAAUCGAAGAACCAGAAGUUCAUGCCGAUUGCCGCCAAAGACAAGUACCACGGUACCAACGGCCCCAUUCACACUUCGUUUAAUGACUAUUACGAGCCAUUUGAAGAAGACUUCUGCACAGCGGCCUACGAGGUGGGCGGCAAGGAAAGCACGCUUGAAGAUGCCUGGUCGGGGGAUCAUAUGGGCUUCUACUCAUCGCUUGCCGCCGUCAAUCGAACGGACGACAAGGGCAAGCGAAGCUAUGCCGCCACGGGCUAUCUCCGACCGAACCUUGGGCGCCCGAAUCUUAAAGUGCUGACGGAAGCUUUGGUGACGAAGGUCGUGCUCAAUGGUAAGGCGGCUGAAGGCGUAGAGUUUGUGCACGACGGUCAGAGGAAGACCGUUAAGGCCUCCAAAGAGGUCAUUGUAUCUGGAGGAACAAUCAGCAGCCCACAAAUCCUCGAGCUUUCUGGGAUUGGUGAUCCAGAAGUCUUGCAGGCCGCUGGAGUGGAGUGUUUGGUCGAGAACAAGCGCGUCGGUGCCAACUUCCAAGACCACGUCCUCGGUGGCAUGCUUUAUGACCUGAAAGAGGGCGUCCAGUCUCUCGACUCAUUGCACGACGAGGAAUAUCAGAAGGCCAUGGAUGAAGUUUAUCAGAAGACCGGAGAGGGCCCGUACGGCUCACCCGGCAUGCUGAUGGGCUUCGUCUCAUACGCCUCGUUGGUUGGGGAAGAAGAGUUGAAGCGGACCAUCGACGAGAUCCGAAAGAAUUCAUUCGCGAAGACGCAGUUCGAGAAGGAGCAGGAAGAGGUUAUUAUCCGCCAACUGUCGAACCCAAACUUUGCGAACAUCCAGACUUUCUGCAUCGGAUGUCAGCUGGACGUGAGCGGCGGAGAUUCUCAGAUUCAGUUCUUCUCGGCGCCGCCGAAGGGAAAAACGCGGGUGUCGCUUCUUGUCUGCCUCGAGCAUCCGCUGUCUCGUGGCACGGUCCACAUCACGUCAUCCGACCCAGCUCAACACCCUCGCAUUGACCCUGGCUACCUCCGCAACCCAGCAGACGCUAAGAUACUAGCCGAAGCCAUCCAGUGGAUGGAUAAGGUUGCCAAUCAACCCGUCAUGAAGAAGAGCCUCGGAGAGCGAGUCUUGCCGCCGCAGAAUACGAGCAUUGCUUCGGAAGAGGAGCGGAUCGAAUAUGUCCGCAAUCAUAUCUCAACGCAGUAUCACCUUAUAGGCACCUGCACAAUGGGGGAGGUAGUCGACGAUCACUGCAGGGUGAUCGGUGCUGAGAAGCUCCGCGUCAUCGAUGCCUCGAUUAUGCCCGGCCACGUCUCUGGCAAUAUUAUGUCCACCACAUAUGCCCUUGCCGAGAAGUCGGCAGACAUACUCAAGGCGGACGACGGACGCUAUUUGAGCAAGGUGGACUCGGCGGUAGCAUGA